GGGGCAGGCGGGCAGGCAAGCAAACGGGCAGGAAAGCAGCAGGCUGGCAGGCAGGCAGGCAGGCAGGCAUCGAGUAAGCCAGCGAGCAAGGUACCGAGAGGGAAUCACGCGUCCUCGUCGUUCAGUCGGGUAGGCGCGUUUGUACGGCGUUGGCUUUAGAGUAGCAUUCGCGCGUGACGUGAUCAGUUUAACGUUUAGCCGUCGACCCGGCUUGUUUCGAGUGCACUGGUGUAACGUGUGUUUUGUUUCUUCGGAAAACGAGGAGCAUAGGGGAACCAUGAGAACCGCGUGCACUGGUGAUGGACUUUAGUGAACGUUGACUGUUUGGUGAUCGGCAAUACUACAAGGAAAAGAAUUUGCAUCGGCAAACAUCGAGGGGAAGGGCAGAAAACAAAGGACGGUGUGGUCUGUUCCACGAACGGAUCGUCGUCGUCGUCGUCGUCGGAUCGGAAAAACAAAGGAAAGGAGCAACGAACGAAGAGAAAGAUGUCGCGACUGCUAAACGAUAGGCAUAUCGUACGGGCCUGGGCGAGGCCCCAACGUCUUUUAUUGUCGUUUCUGUUCCUGUGUGGAAUUCUCGCCGAUGCUACGAGAUUGAGGCAUUCCAGACACCUGGACGCGAGAUCGCAGCUCUCGAUCGACGAAGAAUUAACGAUGCAGCAGGGGGAAAAUCACAAUCACAAGCCGGUGUUUUCGAAUUGUUCGAAUUACGGGCCGGUUGUGAAGGAGGAGGAACCAGCGGGCACCGUGGUGAUUCAAGUGCACGCGGAGGACAGGGACCAUCCAGACGACGGAGGUACGAUCACGUACAGCUUCGUCACCGCUCCGGGUGAAAAGCUGAAAUUCGAGAUCAACAACAGGACCGGGUUGAUCAGAACGACGCAGAUGUUGGACAGGGACGAGCCAGCUCGAGAAAAGGAGGCUUACCUGACCGUGCUGGCGACCGACAAUGGAAGACCUCAGCUCGACGACGUGUGCACGUUUAAAGUUACCAUCGAGGACGUGAACGACAACUCGCCCGUUUUCGACAAAGUGGCGUACACCGAGUCAGUACCGCAAGAUUUACCUUUGGGACGGGAGGUGAUGAGGGUCUCCGCCACGGAUAUCGACGACGGCAACAAUUCGGUCGUCUACUACAGCCUGUCACCGAAAAGGGCGGAAGACGGCGUCUACUUCCGCAUAGAUCGCAACACUGGCGUGAUAUUUUUGAACAAAACCAUCGACAGAAAUCCGGACUACAAGUUUAGCAUGACCGCCACGGCGGAAGACCAGGGUGGUGAAAGUCAAAAAUCGAGCGUGAUCGAUCUGGACAUUCGGGUGGUCGAGUCUCACAAGAAAGCUCCCGCUUUCUUGCCGAGACCUUCGGAACCGAUCCGACUUCAGGAGAAUUUUAGCGAUUUUGACGCGAGCCUCGUGCGAUUGAGAGCCGUUUCGAACAGCGGGGACAACAGCGGUGUUCUCUUCGAACUGGUACCAGGUAGAACGGAGCAAACCAACAAAGGAAACACGUUCAGAUUGGAAUCGACUAAGGACGUGGCCGACAUCAAGCUCGCGCGGCGUCUCGACUACGAGAGCAACACGGUAUACACGUUAAUCGUGCGCGUUCAAAAUAAAUACCAAUUGGCUGCCGAGACCGUGGUCGACAUCGAGGUGUUGGAUGUAAACGACAACAUUCCGGUGUUUCGUGAAAUGAAAAAAGGUAGCGUACUCGAGAACGAACCAGCCGGUGUACCCGUGAUGCAAGUGCGAGCCAUCGACGCCGAUGGAACUUCUGCUCAUAAUCAGGUUACCUACGAACUGGACAAUUUUCGCGACUUGUUCGCCAUCGACAAGUACACCGGCAACAUCACCACUUUAACCACCUUUGACAGAGAACAAGAGGACACGUACAACGUGAAGGUGAUCGCGGUGGACAAUUCUCCUAGCGCUCUCUUCAAAACCGGCGAGCACAACAAGGGCCAGCAGGUGUUUAGAAUCGAGAUCGCUGACAAAAACGACAACGCUCCUCAUUUUACUCAAGCCGUUUACACGGCCAAUUCGAUCCUCGAGAACGCGAAUAUCAACGCUCCGGUCACGGAAGUGAAGGCUCUCGAUUCCGACACCGCCAGCCCGGUUACCUACAGCAUUAUAUACGGUAACACAGACGACAGUUUCUAUAUCGAGGACACCACCGGCAAGAUUCGCGUGAAAAAACCUUUGGAUUACGAAAAGAUCACGGAAUACAACUUGACCGUCAGAGCGUUCGACGGCGUGUACAACGACACUGCCCAAGUCAAGAUUUUUAUCGAGAACGUGAACGACAAUCCACCGGUCUUCGAGGAUUUCAACAAGAAUCCGACGAUCAAAGAAGAGACGCUGGUCGAAGGAUGCAUCACCACCGUGGUUGCCUACGAUCCUGACAUAAAGGACAGAAACGCCGAUCAGCACAUUGCGUAUUUCAUCGUGAAAGAAGAUCAACAACCUUUGAUCGGUAUCGAUAAAUCCGGCUGCAUGACAUUGAAGAAACCACUGGACCGAGACGCACCGUAUGGUUAUUCCAUGUGGACCGUAAUCGUGAUGGCGCGGGACGAAGACGGUUCUCCGACCGCAUUGCGAGAAUUGGUGAUGGUGAACAUCACGUUGAUCGAUAUAAACGACAAUGCACCGUUCCUCGAUAUGCCGUAUCCGGUGGUUUGGGGCGAGAACAAACUGCCUGGAAAGAUCACCGAAUUAAAAGCUCGGGACUGGGACUCGGACGAGAACGGGCCUCCGUUUCAUUUCCAGAUCGACGAGAAUACCGCCGACGAGUCGAUUCUCGACAAGUUUGCGAUUCGCGACGCCGAUCUGUUUGCGCGGGUGAAGUUCGAUCGCGAGGAACGAAAGAGUUACGAUAUCGCAAUAGCGAUCACGGACAGCGGUCAACCACCGAUGACGGGAACAUCAACGUUGACCGUGAUAAUCGGCGACGAGAACGACAACCCGAUGUCCGAAGGUUCCAGCUCUAUAUUCGUGUACAACUACAAAGGGGAGGCGCCCGAUACUGAGAUCGGUCGGGUGUACGUAAACGACGCGGACGAUUGGGACUUGCCUGACAAACAUUUCGCUUGGGCCUCCGUCACGCCCGAAGGCUUUCGCUUAAACAAAGAAACCGGCAUGAUCACCUUGCUGUCUGGUGUGUCCAACGACACGUUCGUUUUGAAGUUUGUCGUGACCGAGCAUAGUCUGCUUAUCCCGCGACAUCAAGUGAACGCUUACGUGAACGUUACCGUAAGAGAGCUGCCCGAAGAAGCAGUGUCCAGGUCCGGCUCGGUGCGUUUCUACGGAAUGAACGCCGAGGAGUUUGUCGCUCCCGAUGAAUCCGGCGUCAGCAAGAAGGAGAUAUUCCAAGAGAGGAUAGCAAACAUGUUGAACACCUCGGUAGAGAACGUGGAUGUGUUCACGGUGCUUCAUUCUCCCCAUCACAAUGACAAGAAUUUGCUGGACGUACGAUUUUCGGCUCACGGUAGCCCCUAUUACGCUCCCGAGAAACUGAACACGAUAUUAGCGCAACACACCAAAGAAAUCGAGCGAGAGCUAAAGACCGACGUGUUACUGGUGAAUAUCGACGAGUGUCUCUUCGAGAAGCUGCAUUGCAACAAUUCUUGUCGCAGUUACUUGAACGUCAGCACGGAGCCGUACGCGGUUUACACGAACACCAGUUCGUUCGUCGGCGUACGAGCGAUCGUGGACCCGCUUUGUACCUGUCACAUAGCCGAGCCGUUAGUUUGCUUGAACGGAGGCACACCUCUUGCCGAACGUUGCGAAUGUCCGCCAGGCCUCGAAGGACCCAGAUGCGAGCUCCUCGGUAUCGGUUUCCAUGGCGACGGAUGGGCCGUGAUGCCGCCGCCUGGUCAAGCUUGCGACGAUUCUCACUUAGGUCUCGAGAUAACGCCUCACGUGGACAACGGUCUGGUGUUUUACUUCGGCCCGAUGACGUACAGUCCUAAAAUUAAGAUUCAGGAUUUUAUGGCCUUGGAGCUGCAACAGGGAUACGCGGUUCUUUACGUGGAUUACGGAACCGGCACCGCCAGGCUAGAUCAGCGACAAAUCAAACUCACCGAUGGCAAAAGCCACAAGAUUGACGUUUACUGGACGAAGAACGCAAUCGAGAUGAAGGUGGAUAAUUGCGGCAUCUCGGCUUGCAUGAGUUUAACAGCACCGCAAGGGCCGAACGAAUUUUUGAACGUAAACAGCCCGAUGCAAGUCGGAGGGUCGUUGAGCAAUUUGGCGCAGUUGCAUUCGCAACUGGGUUGGGAUUACAAGCCGACGGACAGGGGCUUUGUUGGUUGCAUACGCAACAUGACCUUUAAUGGAAAUACUUACAACUUGGGAAUGCCGUCGUUAUCUAGAAACGCGGAUCCUGGCUGCGAUCACGGAAUGGCCAAGGCCGUUUCCUUUGGAAUCGAUACUAACUUUCUGGUGGCGAUACUGGUUUGCGUAGCGAUAUUGUUGAUACUUUUGCUAGCGGUGGUGGUGCACAGGCGAAAGACCGACGACUUGUACAAGGACAUGGACGAUAUCAGAGAAAAUAUUAUUAAUUACGAGGACGAAGGAGGCGGCGAGGUUGACACCGGCUAUGACUUGAACGUUCUGCGUACUAUUUACGACCCGCCUAUCGAUUCGAAAAUAGCACCUGUUGGUUUGCAAACUAGAGCGCCCGAUGAAGUACCAGAUAUUUGCGGUUUCCUGGACGGCAAAAAGGAGAGCUGUGACAAGGAUCCUGACACGAAUCCGUUUGACGAUGUCAGACACUACGCGUACGAGGGUGAAGGCAAUUCCGAGGGUUCCUUGUCGUCUUUAGCUUCGUGUACCGACGAUGGAGAUCUCAAGUUCAACUAUUUGUCUCACUUUGGUCCGAGAUUCCGAAAGUUGGCCGACAUGUACGGGGAAGAGCCUAGCGACGAGGAGAGCGACGGUGUAGGAGAACGGGAGAGCGAGAGUUGGUGUUGAACUUUCCAGGGCCUCUUCUAGUGUUCGAUUCGAAUCGUUCGCGUUUGCAUUCGUGGCAAUGCGUUUACCUUGCGCGCGAUACCUAUCAUCGCCAUUCACUCUCUUUGACGAAGCAACGACGAAACGGCGCUUCGCAGCCUCGUGUACUUAAAACCGAAUCCGAGAGUACGUUUUGUUGAUUCUUGUCCUGGCUUCUGCACCUAGAAAGAAAGAAGACAACAAGAAGCAAAAGAGUUUUGUGUAACUAUCGGCGUAGCGUGUGAAGCGCGUGCCGAUACGCGACAUAAGUUAAUAUUGUUAUUUUUUAUUUCGACAGAGCUUAACGGGAACGUCGUGUAUUUCUCUCCUGUUUUCUUUUCUUUUCCUUUUUCAUUUUUUAUUUUAUUUUAUUUUUUUUUUUUUAUCUGUUACGGCGCGCAGGAAAACGUGGUUCUUUCGUGGACGAUUCCCCGAGAGGGCGAUAUUUUUUUUCCUUCUUUUUUUCAUUUUUUUGGCGUUCAUGUCGAAACGAGGAAAAAUAGAAAAGAAAAGAAACGAACAAUAGACUAAUCAACUUUUAUUUUGUUAUUCUUUUUUGCGAGAUUAUCGAAUAGACAUAGAAGCUACGCAUUAUCAUUGACAUUGAUCGAAAACGCGUCGGCCGAGUAAACUGAUUCGCGUUUAAGCGAUUCGACUCGGUCGUCUAGUAAAUCACCAUUCAUUUCAAGCACGAAACUACGAAAUUUCUGACGCAGAAAUUUUCGCAGAAAUCGAAGCAAGAGCGUUUGUAAGUUGUGGCAAUCAUUCGAAUUAUUAUAAAAGUCUGUGGGCUAUUUUUUUAUACGUACAUUAUAGAUGGUAUACAAGUAUAUACAAGUAUACGUACAUGCGGGCGCGAUUCGCUACAUGUACGGAUAAAUGUGUAGAUAAGAGAUGCGGCACAUCGCUCCACUAUUUAACUUAUAGAUAGUAUUUUAUUAAUUGGAUAUACGUGAGUGAGAAAUCGUGUAGAGGGUGUGCGAAACUACAUACGCGAACACGUGCAUAAAAUAAUAUAGAUAUAAAUAUUAAAUACUAAAUAUAUACCGUACACAGGUGUGUGUCUGCGUAUGUAUGUGGGUGCGUGAUUAGGUGAGAGGAGUAAGAAGAGGAAGGAAUUGAGAUACCGUUCUCGUUUCCGCACGUAACAGAUUCCCAAACGCAAAAAUUUCCCGUUGCGAUCGAGGGAAAAAAUAUCGACGAGAAGAGAUCGAGUGCCAUAUCGUGCAUCCGAUGUUGAUCAGCGUUAUGUUCGCGUUAAGUUUGCGAUCGAUGUACACAAAAGGCAGCCGUCGUAGCGUCUUCGAACUCAGCCUAUGUACGCGUGCACGCACGUACGUACACGUAUAUAUGUGAUAAUAAUUUGUAAGCUUUUUGUACGAUAAAUCAACGACGAUAUGUAUGUGUAUAAUAAGGAUACAUUGAACGCAUCGUUGACGAGAUUGGGCCACGUCGGCGGUUUCGAAAUUCGACACACCGGACGCGGUCCGUUCGACAUCGGUGCGUCACGGGAGAGCCAAGGUGUAAUUUAUACGAAAUAAGAGUGCAGCUUAAGCGAAGCGUGGUGUGAUCUCAGAGGAUUCGUAAGUGAAUGAAUCGUGCGUAUCGAUAUCCAUCGAUUCUGAAACGAAAAACUCAACACCCGGUCACUUGGACGUUUGCCAUCGAACAACAAAGAAUCACGUGAACAGUAUCGGAUAUAUUCUUGCUCGAGUCGAUUGUCCCAACUGACCGUCUCUCUUUCUCUUAACGAUAGAACACGCCGCAGUACAAAAAGGAAGAAACGCGCCCACACGAUCUCGAUGAAAUCGCGUCGAAGGAUACGCUACGAACAGAGUCGUUCGCCCACACUUUUAUUCGAACACUGCCCUUUACGUAUUAGAUAAGAAGACUUUAUCAACGUAUUUUCUCGAACAAACGAGAAAGGGAUGAGUAAAUAAAUAAAUAAAGGAAAAAA